GCUUCCAGUCUUUAUGCUAAGCUAGGCUAACAGUCUUUAUGCUAAGCUAGGCUAACAGUCUUUACGCUAAGCUAGGCUAACAGUUCCCCUCUGCUUCCAGUCUUUAUGCUAAGCUAGGCUAAGGUUUCAGACCGGCCAUGUUGAGACCUCUGAAGAUCGUUCGUCUGUCGACCCGCUGCUGCUCAGACUUCAUCUCCAGGAUGAGGUAUGUGAACAGGCUGAAGGAGGAUGAUGAAGAGUGUUCUUCAGCGCUGCAGAACGGUCAGAUGUUCCUGUUCCACCGUCUGUCUCCUCUACUGCAACGUACCGAGCAGAGAACCUUCAGACCACCAGCACUGAUCACCUCAGACGUGCAGUCGAUCCUGGAGAGACUGGGUUCAGAUGGAACCCUGCUGAAGGAGUCGGUUCUGAUCGGCGCCUCGGAACAGAACUGGGCCCAGUUCUGUCUGGACAUCGGAGAACUGGAUCAGGCAGCAGCAGAAGCAGCGUGUGGAGGAACCUUUGUGGAUCUGAGGAAGGCGUUCUUUCUUCUGACGGGACCGGAGGCGCCUCUAGUGGCCAAGGGUCAGGCUCUGCUGCGCUGGCAUCAAACCAACGGCUUCAGCAGCACCACGGGCCGGCCCACCCGACGCAACCGGGCCGGAAGUCACCGAGUCUGCAGCUCCGGAACCAUCUACUAUCCCAAGAUGUCUCCGGUGGUGAUCGUCCUGGUGUCUGAUGGGAAACGGUGUUUGUUAGGCCGACAGUCCUCCUUCCCUCGAGGGAUGUACAGCGCUCUGGCCGGCUUCUGUGACAUGGGUGAGACUCUGGAGGAGACUCUGAGCAGGGAGUUGGCGGAGGAGGUGGGUCUGGAGGUCCACAGUGUCUCCUACAGCUCCUCACAGCACUGGCCUUUUCCUCACAGCUCCUUCAUGCUGGGCUGCCACGCCACCGUUAGCCCCGCCCACUCCCAGCUGUCCGUGGACCACACAGAGCUGGAGGACGCUCGCUGGUUCAGUCUGGAGGACAUCACCUCGGCCCUGCUGGUGAAGACGCCGCCCAGGAGAGGUGACCCCCCCGUCCUCUGGCUUCCUCCCAAACACGCCAUCGCCAACCGCCUCAUCACAGAGUGGACGGAGCGUCAGCGGAGCGGCGAGGAGGGCGAGUAACGUCCAGACCGGACACGCUGAGGAGCCGGUCCCAGUCCUCCGGUCCCAGUCCUCCAGACUGAGAGUCCUUGGUCCGGACUGACCCAGAAGGACUUCUUUACAUGUAGAACCAGAACCAACAGAAUGUACCGAGCUGCACACAUUCACAACUCACUGCCAACCUGGAGCAGGGGACGAGGGACUGAGAGGAGGGACAGGUCCAGGUCCAGGGACAGGGACAGGGACAGGUCAUCCUCCAGAACUCACCUGAGAAUCUGAUCUCAGAUCAGUCAGCACUAAUGGAGACGCUGAUUCACAUCCUCCGUGGUUACACAUAUUAAUACUACUAAUAACAAUACUAAUAAUAUUAAUAAUAUUAUUAAUAAUAAUAAUAAUAAUACUGUGUUUGCUCCAG